GCUUGUUUAAGUUGUUUUUAAAUCUGCCAUAGUUGCUAUGUUGUGAUCCCAAAAUUUUUGCAAACACUGCAGACCAUCCUUGCUAGAAAAAGGUCAUUCGAUAUGUGAUUAAGUUAUAUUCCUAUAACAUAUUGCUCGUAUUAACUCUGGUGAUAACUGUUUUCACAUUUUCCCAAGUCUUUAAUUGCAUUUCUUGAAGUCUGGUCUGGAAAUGUUCACGGAAGUCAUUUUUAGUCAUACCUCGACUUCUUUAUUGAAAACGUCACAGGGUUUUUCCGUCAACGGCGGUCACUUUUAGUGACAUCUCUUAGUUGUUGAUUUAUCUUGUUUUUUGUCUUACUGUGUUUUUUGUCUAGUUGCUUGUGUUAUACAAGUUUUAAAGUCCUGCACUCUGGUGGUUUGAUGCCAUGCGAUGCUAGCUUCUUACUCAAAAGUAUGCCUCUUUGUUCAAUAAUUCAAGUGAGUGCUUGAAGGGCUCAAACUUCCCUUGUUGAUGCCAAAAAUUGGCAGUUUUUUAAACUUUUGCUUUUUUCUUUUCAUCUUUUUGUGUGGAUUUCGCUUGAUCUUUCCGUAACAAUAAAUUACCAUCUUUUUUGCUGGUGCAAAAUUUCGCAUUCUUCAUUUCAAGUCGCUAUUGGAAUUAUAUCUAAGGUAUAUCACGUCACCCUAUCAUUUUUAACACUUUUAUACGGAGAAAUUGACCAAGAUUAUUUGACAUUUUAAAAGAUUUUGAUACAACAAAUUGGUCCGUAUCUUAAUCUGCUGGUUACUAAGUAUCUUUUAGCAACUUAGAAGGAGAUCAGACUGUUUCUAGAUUUUGGAUUGUUUCAACUCCUGAGCCGGACAGGAGUGAACAAAUAUUGAUGUAUUCACGGAAAAAGCAGAUCUCAGAUUAAAAUACAAUUGCAGUUUGCUGUUUCUCAUUCAGGGGUGUCAUGGCUUUAGAUUUGUAGAGAAGACAGGCCUUGGAAGCUAUAUAAAUGUUGUUAAACGACAAAGAAUUGAAAUCUCUUCUCCAAUCUCAUAUGCAUAAAGCAUCUUCAAGUAUUACCCGAAUAAACAACCGACAAAACGCUUCGUUGUUAUACCUAACAGUACUCCACGAGUAUUUACAAAAGCUUUCUCUUCCUGCUACGAUUAACUUCAUUCAAUUUUUUGAGGCGAAUUACUUUAAAAAUAGCGCUCUCUAUUAUUUAGAAAGUUUAGAAAAUCAGUCACCCUACCUGUCUCCAAAUCCUUGUCAAGGAAAAUGAGACCCAAUUGAUACAUAGUGCGGCCCAUAUCUGGAUAGAUGGGUAGAAUUAAAUUAAGAGCCAUGGAGGAUUGCACGAAUGCGUAGAAAGUGGGCGGGCUGGAUCCAAUAUUGAACAGCUAAAAUCGAUUCGCAGAUAGGCUCAAUUCGUUCUUGUGCCGUCAUUUUCGAUGUUGAACUUUCCCAAAAAUCUCCAUUAUCGUUUACUAGUUAUCAACAGAGAAAAUCACAUCACUUUUUUGCAUCGUUCGAAGCAAAUUCUUUAUGUGGAUCAGAAUAAUAUACAUUUGUUCAAAAAUUGACUGUUUCACAUUAAAAACUUCUCAUGUGCCUUUGUUGUUAGUAAUCCUCUGGUUUUACAAUUGCUUAGAUAUUCGCUAGAAGAACGUUAUUAUUAUCAAUUUGUGUUAUGUCAACGAUUGGGAUAAAUUUGAAGGAAAUGGAGAACUGUAGGACAUGACAUCACAAUGACCUUUUAGGGCUUGAAUGGUGAUAAUGUUUCGCAAAUCUGAAUUACAUUCGCAAAAGGUCGUCGAACACCAAGAGCUCAUGCCCAAGAAGACCUACUGAAGAAAACAAAUUCCAAAAAGCAGAAGCAUGCCCCUUUCUUAAAUAUUCAGUCAACAGGCAAACAAAAAUGCAGUUAAAACGAAUUUUCAUAGAUAGCAUUCCAUCCAUAGCUUUCAACGUAAAAGUUCGAACUAAUUAUGGGAAUGCUUCAAACUUUUCGAUGGAAAGGGCAAUAUGAUACUCAUGUAAGGUACACUUCUGACCCUAAAAAGUUCUUUAGAAAACUUUGGAUGCUAGCUUUGUAUGCAUAUCAUUUGCUACUUUGUCCAAGCUGUUGGAUUUUUAAGCUUUCUAACUCAAAUCUUAAUGUAAAGUUGGCCCCAGAGCCACCUUGCUAUGCCCCGCUAUUUGUUACUUGUAAAGAUUUAGAACAGAAAUUUGGUUGAAACCCAAGCAUAUUGAAAAAAGGAAGAAAGCCCAUGGUGUAUAAUUUCAUCCAUUGCUGCCAGGGAGUCGGAAUUUUAAAUUCUUCAUGCAAGGCCUUUUCUAGUUCCAAUUCGAAAGCUCAUGGAAAUUGCAAUGCACGAGGAAAGCAUUGUCAUUUCAAGAGACCAACUAGGGUAGGGGAUCGUUGAGUGUGAAGCCCUGUAGAUACCCUUUUUACUUGAGUUUUCUUCGUAACUGCUAAAAAAUGCCAAAACUUACAAGGUGACAUUGGAAAGAGCAAAUUAGAUGCACAAAUCAUAUUUUGUCACCCUUCUGGUUUGUCAUACAAAAUAUGAUUUUUCAUAAAAUAUUCUAAUGAAUUCCUUAGUCUUUUUCUUUUAUUUCAACAACAUGGUAUUCUAUAGUUUGUUAUACUUGAUUAGUACAUAGAAACUCUUUUGCCGUUCAAAGCACCAGAAUCAUGAAUCUUAUUGUCUUCAUAAUUGAGUCAAUCAUUAAUAAAAUCAGACUGAUCGUCAGCAAGGCUGCUGGUUCCAUUUAAAUGUGACGUGUAACUUGAUUCUCAUUCGUUAUUGUCACAAUUUUAUUACGGGAGAUGAAAGUUUACAACAUUUGAUUUCUUGCCUUCGAAAUAGGACAGAUUUUCAAUCGGUUCUUUGAAAUUUGGUUAUAGCGAAAAAGCUUGGUCUUUGUUUUAAAAAGGCUGAAAUUAUUUUCCGACAUGGCAAGAAAGCUUAUCCUGUGCUAGUGCCUUGCGAUUUGCGACACUCCUGAAAUUCAUAGUUAGGUUUUCUGCACUUGUAAGUUAAAUCAUUUAGUCUGAAAUACGAAGGGAUUUGUCAUUCGAAAUCAUCCCUGUUUCUCGUAGAAAUGGCCUAUAUAUUGUACGAGCACAGUAGCUAUUAGGGUCUUAUACGUAGCAGUGGCACAAGUGCGGUUAUGCAGUGAUCCCUAUAGCAACAAGAAGCAUAAACGUUGCGGCUUUUCGUUCCUCAAACCCACAAUGCCAUGGACGAUGAUACAUGUAGGAGGGGAAUAGAUUAGCGUAAUAAAUCUCGAUCGAUUUCAGAGAAACCUUACUGAUACCCAUAUUAUGUUUCUGGAUAAUCUUGUUGUCUGGGAAAUUAUAAACGUCACAAACAACAUCACAACUGCAAGAACCUACUGUAUUUGAUUAAAAUGAGACCUGACCGAUGUCAGUAACUGUAGAAAGCCAAUGCAGAUAUUACUAGUUACUCAGGGAUCUAUAUUAAUCCAGCUUGGAUUUUGAAGCCGUACUUCCUACACACAUGGUCAUAUUAAUAAUGGCCGGCUUGGUUAUGAUAGUUCUCCAGUUAUUAAGAAAUUUCUCAGGAACCAGAGCAUACAAGACUUUAGCAACAAAAGUCUAAGCAAUUUAGCAACAUAGAAGUCUUAGGUGUUACUACAAAUUUUUGGUGUUCAAGAUAACAUAGAAUUGAAGCUUGUCUAAUGUAUUUUGUAGGACCUUCCUUUUUUGUCGUACGAUUGUCAACAAAGCAAGAAAUAACUUUGGAUAGGUAUCUGGAUUUGUCAAGUCCAACUAAUCCUUAAUUCAAUAUUUAUUCUGAUUAGAAUAGCUUCACCUUCCAUUCUGCUGACGAAAUGUAAAUUUGACAUUCGAUACCGGUCUCUCUCUUACGAUAACUGUUUUCAGAGCAAAGUCAAUUUAGUCAAACACGAUUUUCAUUCGCAGGUUGAAUCAUUAAGAUUUCAGAGUGUGUCACCCCUAGCAAUGUUCUUUUUCUCAACAUCAGCUGCUGCAAGUUCGAAAGUAGAAAUGCGUUAUUUCUCUAUACAGAACUUUCGGUUUCUUGAUUCAAGGACAACUAAUAUUUCCCAUUUUGAAAAAGGAAUGGCUACUUUUUAAUGGUAACUGACGAAAAUCGAAUGAUAAAUUAUUGAUUCAUUGUAUAGGCUCCCUAAUCUCAAUCGUUACCUGUACAAGUUUUCAAUGAAAACCUCUUUUAAAACUAAGAUCCUAUGUUUCCAACAAUCUCGUAACAGUAUUUGUAAUCGAUCUGUCGCCAAACAUUUCUUUACGAUACAUUUCCUUUUACUCCUCAGCAAUUUUACCAGAAAAACUGCACAUCUAAUGGAUUUGAAUCGUUUGUUUAUUUAUCAACUGCAUUAAUUGGGGCAGAGGAGGUCUGGCAUCAAAAUUGCAGGUCGGCUAGCAAACCAAAAGGGCCCGGUUCAGGGUGUGGUAGACUUUUUUGAACCACACCCGCUAAUGAAAGCAUAUCGUAAAAUACGAUCAGCCCAAAUGAAUUAUGGAUGGGUGCUAUACUUAAAUCAAGGAUUCUAUACUGCUAAACUUUGCACAAUAACAGCAAAUCGGUAGUUCUUUUCUAUUUGUAACUCCAAGAAACUCUUAUAGCAGUAUAAAAAAAUGACCCUAGUCUAACACUUCAAGCAAUAUUGUCAAGUGAACCUAAUGCAAUAUUCUGAAAUUGAGCUAAAAAUCCAACCUGCCAGUUCUGUUCUUGUACGUAUCACCUUUUUAUUGGUCUAGUUAGUGUCUUGGCUACAAUUCGAAAUUAGGUAAACUACAAACAUUCUCACUCUAAAACAUCAUUGAGAGGACUCAAAAUGAUACCGAUUCUUUAGUCUGUACUAGACUUUAUUAUUCUAAACACGUUGUUAAUUUAACCAUUAGCGAACAGAAAAACUUCCAUAUAAUUUUUCAAAAUGCCCCAUUAGGGGGUUUCAGAAAAAGAAGAACUUGAAGGGAGGCCGGGAAAGGUUUUUUUGUUACUUUAAGGGAAGAAAUUGAAGUACGAACGCAAUUCAAGCGUUCGUACCAAGUGUGCUCAUUCCAAUCUCCACUGAUUUCGACCAAUUUCAUUCAGUGCGCGCAAGAUUCUUAGAACAAAGAUGUUGUCACAGAGCUAUCUUUGAUGUUUUGUGUACAUGAUAAAAACAUGAAUUCAGUUAUGUUUACAUUGGAGCCAGGGGAAAUCAAGCUUUAAAAAAGCACGUGUAGAUUGGAUGCGCAAAUUACAUAAAGACAGAGAUCAGAAAUGUGAAUACCAAUAAAAUCGGCAUUUGGUAAAUUGAAUUUGGUUGUGAACAAGAAUAAUAGCUUACUCUACUCGAAAUUGUAGAUUACCAGUAAUGUAUUCAACAGCAAGUUAGUUUCACUGCUACUUAAUUUCCGGUUGCCGUGAGAAUGCCAUAUCGCAAAGGCCCAUUAUGAAAAUCAUGCAAUUGUAUUAUCCUAUGCUGUACACCUCGAACAAUUUUGCUUGACGAAAAGUAGAAACUGCUUCAACUAUUCGUCAAGCCAAUUUUUCGAUGAGCGAACGCUUUUCACACGAAUUUUUCUUUCUGCGCAUGUGUCUUCACGUAUUUUUCAGACAAGCGCUGCAAAAAAACUUUGGUUGAGAUUGGCCUUAAAAUGCGAAAGUUUCCUUUUGCGAAAGAUCUUAUUUCGCUUCUUUUGGGAAAGUUGAUGCCAAAAAUUUGACGUUUUUCUUUAUUGGAGAAGCUUUCUUCACUCGAAAUUUUGUUUCUGGGGACGUCUGAUCAUGUAUGGUAGGUCAUUAUUAGCUAGAAAUGUAACAAUGACGACUCCAGACAACUAUCAGAAGACAACAACUUCUUGAUCUCUACGUACAGUUUCAAAUUGUUUCCUAGGUAUUUCCUAGACAGUUAUAGGCUUCUUGUAUUAGAGCGAAAUUUGAAAUAGAUUGUCUGUAUAGUGGAUGUUGGUCGUAGUGGGGCCAUGCGGCCUACGCACAGACUUCAUUUUCCUCCCGUAUUUCUGAAGCCAGCACACUUUUUAGGGGCCUUGGCUGUAACUUUAAGAUCUCAGUUAAUGAAAAUUUUCCUCUUCAACGUUUAUAGAAAGAGCCCUUUAUCAAUUUUUUACUUUAAAUACCCGAGGGCCCGGCUGGCGAUCGCCACUUUGCCACACGGACCAGACCACCCCUGAUUGGGGUCUUACGCAGAUGAUAACUUAGUGCAAAUGGAAGGGAAGAUGACGAGAGGAAAUUAAGAAACGGGGGCCAUCUCGGUGACAGAAAAUUAUGACCAAGAAAAUUGAGGUUAGAGGGAAGUGGAGGAUAUAGGCAAGUGACUGUGCCAAUUAGCGAUUCGAUUAAAUUAAGAAAAGUCAUUGUGGCCAGCAAAGUCCAAAGUAAAGUAAACUCUUUAAGCUAGUCAUACAAAAAUAUUUGUUUCUUUCUUAUCUUUGAAUCUAUCUCAAUCUUGUUCUUUGAAUAAGAAAGAAACAUCUAAUGGUUUCGACUGGAUUCUGGAAAAUCUGUAAUUUGUAGACCAAUUUUCUUAGCAUUCUCUGUAUUAACUUUAUCAAAAUGCUGCACAAGAGCAUUUUAAACAUCGAGUAUUUGCUAGAAGAAAACAUAACGUCCAAGGUCAUUUACUGUUGUUUUCUAAUGAAAAUGGGAAUUUACUAUCAUUUAUUCGUAAAAAUUAAAACUGCACAGAACCACUGAAAUGAAAUCAAUAUAUCUGCUCCAUCGACCCUCUGACAUAGAACUCCUCAAGUACAUUUACUUUUCACACCAUGUUAUCGUGUGACCUUACAUCUUGAAAGGAAAGAUUGUUUCAAAUAACUGCGUUAAAGUGCAAAUAUCCUCUAAAUCAGAUGUUGAAAGGGACUUUGAUGAUGAUUUCUCCGUUAUGACGUUUGCUGGAGGAAUGCAAAGCAUGGCUAACCGCCCCUGUCAUAUCUAUGGUUUUGCAUUAAUAGUAGGAAUUCUUUCACAAUAUUCUCUCAAAACAUUGUAGCGAUGAAAGCUCCAAAUUUGAAUAAUAAGGUCAGGUGUACUCCCCUCUGGACUUAUUGUUUUUCAAGUGUACUUCAUUUGUAGGAUCAUAUCCCUAGCAAAUUCUUUAAAAGUUUCAAGCAGUUUACAUGAUUCUCAAAGUUUAAAAAAAACCUAUUGACACCAAAAUUUGUUACAUCUUAAUGGUAUUCUUUGUAGUGCCAUAGCAGUGUUGCUAGAAAUACAGACGAAAAUCUUUAGGGUCUUUUCUCUUUUUCUCAGAGGUUGAUGUUAAAACUGUAAGUAAACAUUUUUACAUGUUUAAAGUGGUUACGGAAUGUCUUCCAUUUCGGUAAAAUAGGGCAAUGUUACUACGAUUUUCUAUCCGAAAACAUUUUGUCUAGUUUUUUGGAUAUCCAGGAAUCAGUAAUCCAUGAAUCAAGGAAACAGAAGCAAAAAAACACUGUUUGUUCUUUAUUUAGUAUGAAGUAUGAAGAAUAGAUAUAACACCUUGAAUGUAAAGACUAAUUGAUAAGGUCUUAAAAACAAGAAUGGAUAUUUCCGUAAGCAAAUAUGGCCAAAUCAAGAAUAGUUAAAAAAUAGACACAAUAGGAAAAAUAAACUGCCUUUUCUCUCUAAAACCACGAAAAUUUGAAUCCGAUUUCAUUUGAAUAGUAUUUCUACAUCAACAUAUAGUAUUUUAUACUUUUUUUGCCCUAAAGACAUCUUCUGUGACAGUUUACCGCACAAUAAGAGAUAAUUUUAUUUCGUGAGCAUUUCGGCUCGUUUUUAACAUAUAAUCCAUAAAGAAAUGCAUUUUUAUUCAUUAUAUUUAUUUGUUGAUACCUUUUGUGCUUAUUUUCUGCAUACGAUAUACAUUUGACCGGUAAAGGAGCAGAACUGUUAAACGAAAAAGUCCUGUGUUCCAUGUGCAAAUAAUCCAGUUACUUCGCUUCUUCAAUGCCAUUCAUCUUUUUUCAUACCAUGCAAUCUGUUGCCUGUAAGCAAGCAUACACUUAAAGCAUUGUGUGCACGGAUUAUAAUUGCGUCAUGAUUCACACCUUGAUAAGGAAUUUCAGGCACUACACUGCCGAAUGGCGCUUCACAGGAGCAUACGAUGUUGGAAUUCUAUUGGCCAUUUGCCUUUCUUUUCAGUAAAAAUAAACAUUGCAAAAUAAGCAUAAAAAACCUACCAAAAUAAGUAAAUAUAUCAUCGAAGUUCUAAGAUUUCUGGAAUGCAACGACGUAAGGAAGAAAAUCUAUCGGGGGGCUCCAGUAUAACUUGACGACAUUCAUAUCGUGGUUUAAGCAAAAGUUUCUUCUAAGGAAACUUCGAUAGUUUUUCGAUAACUGUCAAACCUUCAUCAUGCAAGCAGCAUAAGCAGAUUUCAAAGAAAACAUUUGAUAAACUUAAAUUCUUUUACUUCUGACAACCUUUGUCAAAGACAACCUUCUUGACCCUUUUCAUCAGGGUUUUCGAAACUUGCUUGUUUUCUUCACUGUAGCAAGAAAAACAGUCUGCUGAAAGUUUCAUUCAGUAUAGCUCUGGUAAUAAACAUAAGAGGCGCUCAAAUGACAAAGCAAAUGCCCACGACUCAACAAAUCCUCGUGUUGUACCGCCUGAACUUAUCGCGACUUUCUCGAUAAAAAAGUAAACAUUAUUGGCAAAUAUUCCAGCAGGAACAAUUUGGACUUCAAAUUAUUUAAUAAGCUGUACUGUGAUUUUUUUACUUCUAUGGUUAGAACAAUUAACUGAACCGUGCUCUUUGGAUCUAUAUAAAUAAGAAAGCAACCAUGUUUGAGUAUCUCUUACAGAUUUUAAAAGUUGUUUGAGCAGGUCUUCAACAUGCUAGCGUCUUUUCUGCUCCCAUCAAACAAAGGCUCUAAUUCAAGAGAAAAACAACAACUACCAAUCACAUAUCUGUACAUCCAUAUCAUUUGUAAUAUCAUAUGGCAAAAGGCGUUACCACCGCCAAUCUUAGACGGAUCUGUAACUAAAACGCGGAUCUGUUAAACUGAUGCCUGCAGUAUCAUAAAGGCACUAAACGAAAAGCGGCCCGUAUCAGACCUUUGAAGGGGCCUUAUUUAGACAAGGUGCUUGUAAACUUCGUCGCUUUUAUCAAGUAGACAUGCAAAAUAAGAUGAAUUCAUUUAUCAAUUUGCAGCUGAAGUUAUGUCUAUAAAGAAAGAGCUAUAAUCUUGGUUGCAUCACCUUUCAAUGGACUUGCUAUAAAGACUAUUAGAUGUGCACUUUGUCGACCAUUUGUCAAAUCAACGUGGUAAGGAACCCUGGAAUCGGAAAAUUUUGAAAAAGACGGCAGUUGGCAAAGUUAAGUAACGUUGCUUGUUGUUAAAAACUUGUCAGACGCUAGAUAUUCUAGCUGGCAAUGGUUCAAUUAAUGAAUGGAAUAACGGCAGCCAUGAAUUUAUCAACAAACAGCACACCAAACUUCACCAGAGGACCACCAUUUGUACCAGAUUUCUGUGGAAGCUACACUAACGACACUGGUAAAAUUGCUUAUGCCGUUUUCCUUGCGGUUGUCAUGGUAUUAUCAAUUCUUGGCAACACGUUGAUAUGUAUAGCUAUAUUUUUGUCUCCUCGCCUUCGUGAAACACCGACAAACCACUUCAUAUUUUCUUUAUCAUUGAGUGACAUGUGCUACGCAAUAUUUCAAACGCCUAUCCGGAUCUCUACAAUACUACAUACAAACGCUUUUUGCCACCCAGCGAGCGUUUGCUAUAUGUAUGUAUUGACUGAUCUAAUACUAACGCCUGCCACAAUCACGACUUUGUUUGUGAUUGCCAUUGACAGAUUUUUCUGCAUCACGAAACCUUUCAUCUAUCAAGAAACGAUGACAAAAACCAAAGCCAAAGUUAUCGUCUGUUGCGUCUGGGCUUAUGCCGUCAUUUGGAGUGCCAUGUCGACCUUUCAGUGGAACGAGCCAACAAAGUUAUCUAUUCAUCUGAAGAAAGUUGGUGUCCCGAGAUGCUUUAUAGAGAACAAAUACUUCUACUUCACUUCAUACUUCCUGAUAACGUUGAUCCCUCUUGUUAUCAUGGGGAUUCUGUACGUUAUCAUACUAAGGGUCGCUAUCGUUCAAAUUCGUGCAAUUAGGGCAACAGAAGUGCAUUUUUCGAAUCCAGAGAGCGAAAAGAAAGAUAGGAAAUAUGCAAAAAUCUCAAAAAGUUCCCGUCGCACCAACCGGGAAUUGAAAGCCACGGCUACAUUGGCCAUUGUCUAUGGAGCUUUUUUCGUAUGCUGGAUGCCGCUCUCUAUCAUCAACAUAUACAUUGCCUUUGGAGACCGCACUGCUUUUGCCCGUCUCAAGCAAAACAAUGAGCACCUUUUCCUAUUCAUCUUCUACAUGUUUUUUGAGAUUUUGCCAACCUUGUCGACAGCAAUCAAUCCACUUAUUUACAACGUGUUUAACAGGCAGUUCCGUUCGGCAUUCGUCGCUGUUAUGCUACGUUUGGCUAGAAGAAAUGAUGUGCUACGUAGAACAACGAUUGUAACGGAGCUGGAGAAUUCUCGAAUGGACCAUGGUGGUAGAACAAGUGCCAGUUGACUAAACACCAAAAUGCAAGAAAGAUAUGAAAUGACAAGGGUUGGAGCUGAUGAUGUGUAAAAAAAUACUUUGCUGUUAGACUAGCGUUUAAGCGAAUCACGAAGAAACUUGAGAUUGGGGAAAUUGAAAAAAAUACAGUGGACCUUCAGAGAUGACAUUAAUGGUCAUGUUUUUAUAAAUUUGUGUAUAAAGUUGUCCUGCUGAGUUUGUAAAAGAUUAAGUCCGUAACAUCGUGGAUUAUUUGGCAACAAAAUGGCUUCACCAGAUUAACUUUUAUCAAAAGCUUUCAUCAGUCUUCAAGAUUCAGCUACAAAACUCGUUUUUUUGUGAUUAAGCUGCAAAAUUGCUGAAGAAGAAUAUAUCAAAACAUUUUCUGGGUGCAUUAUAUCUUCUUUCUUCUGACUUUGCUAACUGGUGAACCUCAUGGUUCAGCCAAUGAAUAACACAUUUGUGUAUUAGAGUUGUGGUAGCCGUUGGAAUAUUUCAUUGGUAUUUGAAUUUGCUUUCCAGUACAUUCAUGUCAAUUUUUCGGAAGAAUUCUACAGUGCAACGGCUUUCGCCUUAAAUUAAAGCCAUGAAUACCGAAAAAUUGCAAAUUUUCCCAGGGGCAGUACCUUCGGAUAAAAUGCCAGUUUUUGGCCAUUCUCUACUAGCCGAUUAAGUUUUCAGCUUGUGGCAGAAGAACAAUGACAAUGAAAAUGGCUUGGGCUGUCAGGUUUUUGGAAUAGCUCUCUUCUGCGUUCUUCUCUUCUUUCAUUAUUCUUACUCAUUGUUUUUACAAGCAAACACUCUGUUUGUCGCCAAAUAUGUUGCAGAGGUACUCAUCAAGUCCCUGAAAUCAGCCAGCACAUCAGAAUGUUAGGAUCACAUUUUCACCUCAUGAAUAAUUGAUGAUUUUUGGAACUAAAGUUUUGUUUCAUUAUGGUGACAUUAUCUUUAUUUUGUUGGAUCAGAAGACGACUGUGAGAAGACUUGGUCGAAGAUUCCGUGACUUGAAAGUUGUUACUCUGUCUUGAUAAUUGUUGGACUGGUUCUUUGGAUAAGAAGCUGGCAAAUUUUAUCUAGACAUGAGCUUUGUAGGUCUGAACAAAAAAGAAGUCAAAUUCGUAUUGAUUUUACGGACUGGUUUGAUGUCGAUGAAAAUAUUUUGAGCGACAGCUAGUUGAACGAUGAUUCGCAGGUUUCAAAGGAAAGAAGCAGAUUUGUUAUGAUUUACAGGAGGUCAUUAAAAGAAAAGACUGAUGCAGGUUUAUGACCGGCAUGUCAACUUUUUACUGUACAUAGACUAGAGCGUAGAUAUUGUUCAUGAUGAAAGGUUGUAAUCAUAUUUGUUGCUUAGUUAAUAGAACUUUUUAAUUAAUAUUACAUUUGAUUAGCCAUGUUUUUUUUGUAAAAAUAGGCGUUUUUGUAAAAUUCCACGAACUCGAUUCAUCUUCUGUAACCCUUCUUACCCAAUAAUUAAUGGCUAAUUUUAAAUCAAUUAUAGCUUUGCCUUACUUAGAAAAUGAAAAGCUGUAUCGAUUAGUGUUGUAGAGAGACUUUGAUGUUUUUAUUGAUUUUUAAUAGCAUUCGCACCAAUCAAUCUUAAUUGGCUUGAUAUAGCAUUUUUAAACGAUGGUGUCACUCUCAUCUCCAUUACAUAUACUUGCAAAGAGCAUGCAGAAAUUGCUGAACAAUAAAAGAUUUACAGUUUUAUUCAGCCGAGAAAUCAAAAUUCUCACUUCUUGUUUUCUACACAUUGAUUAUACGAAUGGAACGAUGAAAUAUAGUUAAAAAAUAUGACAUUAUAUUGAACAAAGAGACAAUGUUGGAAAUCUUGUUGAGAGAAUUCACUGUGUUUGCACCUGCCACUCAAAAGCUCAAUACGUCACGCUCAUUAACUUUCAGAUUAAAGUGUUUUACAUCAAUUUUGUAGUUUGCAGAGGCAAUAAAUCUCAAAAGAAAUAAAAUUAAACAGUAAAAGCAAAAGUUACACUGAGUCAUAUUAAAUCAGUAGAAAAUUGAUGAAAAAUUGAAAUCAAUAAUUUAGAAAUUCUUUAUUUCAAUCGCACAUCCAUCUAAUACAUUAAGUACCAAAAAUUUCGUUGGGAUUUAUCUUCUGUGAAGAAGAGCAACCUAAAAUCAUUCUUACUGAAUUUUUUUGCAACCGAAAACCGGAAAAUUUAUUUUUUUUAAAACCGGAAAUUUCAUAGGAGGUGUGAAAAAUUGUGAUUUUCCGACCAAAAUCUAGCAAACAUUUUUAGUUUUUUCAUACAUUUGAACAUAGUUCAAUUAAGUUCAGUUUUUUAUGUUUUAAAAUUUCUCUACAUACAAUAUCUUACUACAACUACAUUACAACUAAUUACAUACAAGGUUUACACAUUACAUAAAAUACUUAUAAUAACAGGCAAGAAAUAACAGAUUUGUAAGAUGUUGUUUGCAGAGGAGUUUCUUUAGGAGGAGCUAUCUAAGUAGAGAUGAACUAAUCGAGGAGAAAGCAUCCCCUUUUCUAAGGUGAAUUCAAAUGUACUUAAUCAUUUACAUGAGUGACAGAACAUCCACCAACGAGACGCACAGACUUGAUACCAGAUUGCAAAAUAAUUUUUUUUUGCAUUAAAGAAUGUCAUUUGGUGAGCAUUUGACACAGAUUCAAAAAAGUUGUUGCACAGAUUCAGAACAUAUCAUAAUAAAAUUAGAACUGAAAUAAAACAGGAGAAAAGUUUGAUUAUUUACUCAAAUGUGUCAUGAAUAAUACCAAUUGACGAUUUUAUGAUCUUCUCUUCGCAAAAGGUACUUUUAAGAUGCCCAUCUGAUUCAGAACAACUGACGAAAUUGUUAUAAUAACCUUAAAAGAUUUUCCUCUCAAAAUGUAAUACUUAGAUCAAAAUAGAAAACCAUUUUAUAUUUCCGACAAAGAUCAGAAAUUUUUUGACAAAAUAUCUGUUUUUCUCUACAGGUGGAGUUUUGCCCCCCUUGACCCCCCUCUAUAUACGCUACUGUUAGAAAAAUCUCGUUUUACACCUUUGCCCUCUCUAAAUACCAAGAACAUUUGCGCUUCUUCUAGCCGGUAGGACUGUUGUCUGCCUACGCUAAGGUUGCAACAUCUAAUUAUACGAGUUUCAGUUACAGCCAAAACAGUCUUAGCUUAGUAAGACACAAAAUGAACGUUUUCUAAUGAAUCCAUAAAAACUCCGAUGUAAGAGGUAAUAGAGAUAAACUUCUUCUGCGUUAGGAAGAAGUAUGCAUAUCCAACUACGUUGAUUUAUGUAAGCAACUGGAUAUCUCAUAAACAUCUGAAUUGGAAUUGAAAAUGUCAUAAUCAAAUAAUUUGAUCUAUCGUAAGACUUUAGCUUGUUCGCAGCAAAAAGUCAUAAAAUACCGUUCUUUGUAGCACCACCACCAAAUAAAAUGAAGAUUUGAUUCUCUUCUUCAUCUUCUAAAAUCAACUGUGUCUUCAUGACAUCGUGUCAGGCACCGUGGAGUGCUGAGAAAAGUAGAGGGUCUAAAAGAGUUGGGGGUCAAAAAAAGUAAAGGGGUCUAAAAAAGUGGAGGAGGGGCUAAAAACGUAUAAAAAGAGGCUUUACUGGUAAUUUAUUACGUAAUCUGCUCCGCGGUGCCUGCAUCGUGCGCCUGUCUAGUGGCUUGUUCUGGGUCUUGCAUGAAUCGUAUCAUCAGAGGCAGACCCCUACUCGGGGGUACCCGCAUCUUCUUGGGCAUUGUUUUCAACUUGAUACAACAGUUGAAGGGUUGUUCAAUAACCAUCACCCUCCCAUUGGUCAUUGUCUGUAGUUCUGCUCCUCGAGUUGUUCCAUCAGACCCUUUAAUUGUUCUCGUGAUCUUUCCAAGCUUCCACAUAUUCUUGGGCUGCAUGUCGUUCUUAAUGAGGACGAUGUCUCCUACAACUUUCCCUGUGGUAUUCUCAGAGACUGCGCAGGUAUUAUGCGCUUCAUUGAUCUCACUAAUGUUUCUUGUUCUUCUGCACAUUUCGCAUCUUCUUCCAGUCUGUUUUAUUCUUUUCAUCGCUGAAUAUUUCUUCUCUUGGAAAUAUUUUGAUUCUUCUUUCGUGAAUGAAGUUAUUGGGUGUCAGUGGGUCCAUCUCGAGAUUUGAUCCUUGCUAAGUCAAUGGACGAUUGUUUAGGCUGAAUCAAACAUCUAGCAGGCCCGAUUUACUAAUAGCAAAGUAAGUAGAUAAAGAAAGCCUAUAUCACACUUUUAACUUAUGCUACAACUAGAGCAAUUCAUUCCAAGUGUGUAGACGAUAUGGUAAAAGCAAUGUUUCCGCGAAGUUUGAAAAAUUUUGUGACACGAAGAGGAGCUCCACAAAUGAUCAUCUCUGACAGUGCGAAGACAUUCAAGUCAACUCCAAUUGGCUCCUAGUCGACUGCUAAAACUUUGUAACAAAGCUGAUUAUGGUGCGUUGAAUGCACCGAUCUCGAGCUCCUGCAGCCCAGCAUCAAUUCAACACGGCAGCGUCUAUGUUAGGACCUCGCUGUGUUGCUUGAGAUUAGAGAGCAAUUAUGUUGAUCUUAGUUUAACUUGCUUUUUAUAGCAAAAUUCAAAGUAACCGUUGAAAUAAGAACUUGCAGCAUUCGUAAGGGAGGUUAAACAUUAUUGCCGUGGUAUUUAGUUUAUGUUAAAGAGAAUCCAUUGUUCAGUUACUUUCCUAGGCCUGUUGCCUCUUAGAUUAUUGAAGAAUUUAGUGAUUAAUGCCCAAUUUAAGGCGCAGCACUUCUGUGUGUGUACCGUUUUUGCCCAUGGCAGCCCCAAGCUUUAGGUGCGAGAGGUCUCAACACGGAGAGACUCGAUCACUUCCUCGUGCUGAUGUAUGAAAACAAUUGGUUGUACGACCCAUUUCUUUUCUGAUAUCGGUGGUUAGAUUUGUAUCUCAUUCAGAGGCAACAGUUUUGCAAUGCCUUCUUCAUCAUUUGGUUUCCAUUGGGUACCCAGUAACGUGAUCUUACUUCCGCCAACGUAGAUGCCACCCUUAUGUGCAAUUUUCUCUUGUGGACGUCCAUCAUAAUGAGAGGCACCAAUGUGCUUUGCUUUGGUGUGUAAUUGGCUGCUCUGUUGUCGAAUCUUCCCGUGCAGGUCAGGAUGUUUUGUUCAUUCCCUUUAAAUUUAGUUCCCUUGUUUGUUGUUCUGUAGGUUUUUAUUCCACUUGUACUUAUUUGAUCCACCUGAUUUCAGCUUUCUGAAUUUCUUCCAAUGACCGUGUUUACCAUUGAUGUCUCACGUUUCCCUUCUUGUGCAUUUUCAUCUUUUCAAAUUUCGAUGUUUGGAUGCCAUUAUUCCUUUUAAAGUAACCACGUAGGGCCUUGACACCAAAGAUUUGAAGGCUGCAGCUUUCCCGGGAUCAUUCCUCGAGAGCCUAAGUAAGCUAAGUUGUCAUGUGUUGAGCAAUAUCGCUAAGAAAUGUAGUCUUCACUCAAGAUUUGAUUCACUCUUGUUUGGACAAACUGCUUCCUUUCGCCGCGAUUUGCCAACCAACAUAGCACUGUUUUGCUGUCUGUCCGUCCAUACACUGUUUCUAUUUGCCAUCUUUCUAGCACUGCCUUGAUGUCUGCGGUCGACAUCAAUUUGUAGAAAUUUUUUCUGUAUGCUUUCUGUACAAGAUAACUGGAUAGAGUUGAAAUCUCAAAAUAAUGUCAGACAUGGGAGGCAAUAAUGAAGGGCCAAUAUGCAAGCAAUCAUUGAGGGAAUCUUUGUAUCUACGAGACUUUGCAGUUGAAUCGUACACGAUUCGGAGUUUGGUACUUUCUGCGUCCUUUCGAAUGACCAGGUGACCCACCAUCCGGCAUUUGCGGUACAUGCUCCACAACUCCAUCUGCAAUCUGCUUUUUUACAAUAUCGUCAUACUCUUCAAGAAUUUCUGGCGUUCGUUUGAGCUUUACUUCCGAUGCUGAUUUCUCAGCGGUGAGGCUGGUUCACACGUACAAUGAAAGGAAAUGACCUCUAGCCUUUGUUUAGACAUAAUAAAAAAUGCUAAAUGCCUAAUAUGUUUUGAUAAUCAACAGAAGUUAUUGACGAAACGUAGUCAAGUAUCGUUAUUGUUAAGAAAGCACACAAGCUUUGCACAUAUCGAGUUUUAUGCCUUUGUACCGAGCUUGUGCAUGGAGUAAUAAUACCCAUAAAUACCAAGGGUUACAUAAAGCAAGAGCUGAAGCAAGCGAAGUAGGCAUGGGCAGUUGGAUUUUUUUGGAUGAAGCAAGGAAUGAAGCAGAAUGUGAAGUAAACCGCGCACACACGUGCAUAACAAAAUGAUCAAAUUUGACGGAAAAGUAUAGUUAUAAACAAAAUUGGACGAAGAAGUUUUACUUUCAUUAGCAGCUCAUAGUUUCAAAAGUAGUUUUGUUGGUUCAUGUCCCUAAAAAACGUGCCAGACCUAAAAAACGAUGCCAAAUACUACGUAAAGAAAAAGGUUUUUUUUUAAAAUAUUUGCAAGUUUUUAUUCAGACAUGUUUUUUGCUGCGUACGACGUUCAUACUACAAAAUUUUUUGAGCAAGCAUGACGCAAAGCUUAAGCAGUCGCCGCAAUGAAGCAAGGUUAUAAGAACUUUGAAGCACGUUAUGCUUGCUUCAGCGGAUGCUUCCUGCUUCUUGUUUGCUUCACUUGCCUCAUGCGUGUUUACACUCCGCUUGUUUGUGCUUCUACGCCUGCUUUUGCUUCAGCUCUUGCUUCACACGUGUGAACCAGUCUUUAAUAAGCGGGCUUACAUUUUCAACAUGUUCUCGUGUGUUUUGAGCGGCAACUUUGCAUGUAAAUUGUGAAGGAGUUGACGAAGGUUCGUUGGAAAAAUAACGCUGAUUGGCUAAAACAUUAUUUACCCUUGCUAUCAUCAAAUAAGAACUAUAAUACCCUCCGCUGAAUGUCUGCAAAUUAUUCAAAAUUCCAAGCACAUUUAAAAUAAAUUAAUUUAGGGUCUGGUUAUAUGGCCAUUUUUCUCUCUAAUAAAACCCCAUGGGGAGUUAUCGGAGAGGCCGGAUAAGUUUUUCAAAGUAUAAAAAAAGACGGGAUUUUUAGAGAGGCGUGACCCUGUCAUCUUUCAGCUUUGCUGGCUUCUUUUAAAAUAAGGGAUGUCAAUGUCACUUGAUUCAGUUAUAAAUCCAAAGCCAAGAAGUUUCUAUUAGUUAAAGAUCAAUCUGAUAAAAUAUCAAAGAAAAAGCCUUGAGGGAUUGGAUAACACCCCGCCUCAACUAUGAAUAUACUUUAUACUGGCUUACAAAGCAUGAAUCAAUCGGGUGUUGAUAACACUGAUUCCUUUUAUUCACAUUCAAAUUCAGGUCUUUUACAUUUGAGAUAUGGCGACAGCAACGUAUAAAUUGAAAGUUAUGUAACUGGUCAUCAUGUGUAUAAGGGGGUUUUGUCAUUUUAUAUCGGAGAAUCUUUAACAGCUCAAGUAGAACCGAGCAUUUACGGUCAGUAUUAUAAUGUCUUAGCAUGAUUAACAUAAUUAACAUAAUCAAUAUACGCAACAUAAUCAGGCUGUCAAUGUAUUUUUGAAACUUGAUUCUAGAAUGGAUUAGCACUCGUGUCUAUGAAGAUAUAUGGAUCACGAUAAAUAUUCUGUCAGUGUUUUAAAAAAUUGAACUGUUUUUGAUCAUGUGCCCAUAAAAACUUCACGGUAAUGCAGUUUUGUUUUAGAUUCUGAAGAAACAAUGACUGCAACUUUGCCUGGGGGUCGGUGAACAGUAUAGAAAAUGGAUUGGUAUAUUUUUUGCAUUUUUUCAUCUCAUUUAAAUUUUGAAAUUAAUUAUCCACGGUUGUUUUGUCAGAAUGUUUGAUUUUUACAAAUGGGGCUGCGCAAAAAUUUACAAAUAAUCUACAAGGCUAACAAUUUAUAAUGAUAACUAAAGCAUAGAGCUGCGUAGAUAAAGCAUAGAUAAAGCAUAGGUCAUAAUUUAAUAUUUGCAAGUUUACAUAAAAAUAUAAAUUAUUUACAAUCAACACAAAAUCUUGCUUUUAAAAGAAUAUGAAGAAGAAGCUUGCUUGGCCUCAGGCAUACGGUGCAAUUUUUGAAGCGUUAGUAGUUUGGACUCUCGGGAAUCAGCACAGUUCCCUUACAAAGAACAGCAAUAUCGAAUGACAGUCUACAAUGCCUUUAUAUUGUUCCCUAACAAAGAACUCUUCUUGGCAAAAAGUGCUUCGCAUAUUUUAAGAAGCAUUUGCAUAUGUUCAUUCCAGACAAGGCACUGAUCUAUGUAACCGUUACUACGGAAAAGAUGCACGAUACUACGGAAAAGAUGCACGAUACUACGGAAAAGAUGCUUGAUACUAUGGAAAAGAUGCCUGAUACUACUGUAAAGAUGCUCGAUACUUAGAAAAUGCUGCUCAACAUCAGGGAAAAGAUGCACGAUACUAUGAAAAAGUUGCCCCAUACUACGUGUAGUAGUUAUUAUUAUUAUUAUUAUUAGUAGUAUCAUUGCUGUAUGACGUCAUAUGGCUGCGCAUAUGAUUUGAUUGUAUUCUUAUAUUAAGCAAUCUCUUGCUUACGACGAUUUAAAAGGAGAAAAAGGAAUGUAAGAUGGCAAAAGAUAUCAAAAAUCCUAUGCUGGUCUCGAACCAAGAAGUUACAUUACUAACACGGGAGCUCGCUGGUCAGACUUCCUGGAGAGAUUUCAACGUAUUUGUUGCCGCUGAUGUCCAAGAACCACAGAGAAAGCGAGCUUUGCUUUUGUAUCAAGCUGGACCCGAAGUCUAUAACAUUUUCAAAACUCUUCCUGAUACUGGUGAGGAGAAAGACUAUCAAAAACAGUUGAUGCCUUACCUAAACAUUUCGAGCCAGACCAAAAUCAAAUGUUGCCUUCAAAAUAAAGCAACAAAGCUAGGCCACGCAGGACAUCAGGGAAUAUAAAAUAAACAAAAAGUCUAACCAGAAAAAAAAUCUGGUUUCCAAAAUUUGGUGACAAAGUUGGGGAAAUUGUCGAAAACUGUGUUACAUGUCAAGCAGUUGGAAAUGCUAAUACACCUGAGCCAAUGCAAAUAACUCCAAUAGUAGACAUUUCAUGGCACACCGCAUCUCUUGAAUUUCAUGGGCCAAUUACAAAUACAGGGCAAUAUCUAUUCGUAGUAACGGACCUUCAUUCAAAAUUCCCAGAAAUCGAAAUCGUAAAUUCCACAACCGCACCAGCAGUAAUACCUAAGCUGGACCGUAUAUUUGCGACACAUGGCAUUCCAGUAAAACUAAAAACAGAUAACGGACCUCCAUUUAAUGGAAAUGAAUUCAAGAGAUACUCCAAAGCUUUAGGUAUGGUACUCCAAAGGUUUCCUACUAACAUACCGAGCCACAUGUAACAGCGAAAGUACCUCCAUGUGAACUAUUAUUCGAUAGAUCAAUUUGAGGACAACUACCUGAAUUGCCAAAAAGGAGGGUACUUAAUAAGCAUAAACAAGAAAAGGAAAACAUCGAAAAAAAGAAAGCUCAAAACAAAGAAUAUUAUGACAUGAAACAUAAUGCGAAAGAGUCAGAGAUAAAAGAGGGAGAUACAGUUAUUUGUCUACAAAAGAGGACAAAUAAGCUAGUACCAAAGUUCAGCCCAGUAAGAUUCAUUGUGCAAGAACGAAAAGGAACAAAGAUAGUCGCGAAAAACCAACGAAAUAUCAUAACAAGAAAUGUCUAAAAUUUCAAGAGAGUUCCAACAACGGACAGCUAAAACAAUGAAGAGGAAGAUUCUAGUGACAGUGAAAGCAAGAAGAAAGAGAGGGAACAAGAAAAGAUUGCAGUUGAUGACAGACCAAGGAGACCGAAAAAGUCAAAGAUUCCAAUAUCGAGAUUAGGAUUUAUGUAAAUAUGAACAGCUCAGAACAUUGAGAACUAUAAACAUGGACAUGUCGAUAGACUAUAAAAAGAAAGCAAUGUAAUAUUUUUUGUUAUCAUUAUUACUAAAAUUAACAUCAUUACGGUAUGACGUCGUAUGCCUGCGCAUAUGAUUUUAUUGUAUUCUCAUAUUACGCAAUCUCCAAAACAGACCUGUUAAUCUCUUGCUUACGACUUCUACAAUACAGAAAAAAAGCCUGAUACUACUGAAAAUAUGCCCGAUACUAAUGAAAAAAUGCUCAAUACAGGGGAAAAAAUGCCUUCUACAACGGAGAGGAAGCCAGAUACUAUGGAAAAGAUAUUGGAUGCUACAAAAAAGAUGCCUGAUACUACGGAAAAUAUGCCUGAUACUACGGACAACAUGUCUGAUUCUACUGAAAAAACAUGCUCAAUACCAAAGAAAAGAUGCCUGAUAGUAAGGAAAAAAUGCCCAACACUGAGGAAACGAUGCACGAUAUUACGGAAAAGAUGCCAGAUACUACUGAAAAGAUACCUGAUACUACGGAAAAGGAGAACGAUACUGAAAAAAAGAUGCCUGGUACUUCCAGAAGAUGACCCAUACUGAAAGAAAGAUACUCAAUACCAGGAGAAAAAUGCCCGUUACAACAGAAAAGAUUCCCGAUACUACGGAAAAGAUGCCUGAUACGACUGAAAAGAUGCCCGAAACUAAGGAAAAGAUGCUAAAUACCAGGGAGAAUAUGUCAGAUACAACGGAAAAGUUGUCCGGUACUGCGAAAAAGAUACCUGGUACUACUGAAAAGUUGCAUGAUACUACAGAGAAGAUGACCGAUACCAAUGAAAAGAUGCUGAACACCAGGGAAUAGAUGCACAAUACUACAAGAAAGAUGCCCGAUAUUAUGGAAAAGAUGCCUGAUGCUACUGAGAAGAUCACCGAUACUUAGGAAAAGAUGCUCAAUACCAGGGAAAAGAUUCAUGAUACUACGGAAAAAAUUACUUAUACUACUGAAAAAAUGCAUGAUGCUACAAAAAUGAUGCGUAAUACCAAGGAGAAUAUGCCCGAUACAACGGGAAAGAUGCCUGAUAGUACGGAAAAGAUUCACGAUACUACGGAAAAAAUUCCUGAUACUACUGAAAAAAUGCAUGAUGCUACAGAAAUGAUGCGUAAUACCAGGGACAAUAUGUCCGAUGCA